CUUGCCCAGCCGAAGAGGAGACCUGGUUUAGAUGAAAAAAAUUGGCUCUGCUUUCCUCCGGACGACCUCCAAAUUGACGUCGUGAUUGGUCAUGGGGUAGUACUAGGAAGUCAAGCACAAAUUAUACAAGAAAACCGCCGAUGUAAGUGGAUUCAGUUCGUCCACACAGACCCUGAGGAACUCGGAAUGUUUAAAGAUUACUCCGAUCGUAUUCAAAAAGGUGAACAGAAGCAUCAGACUGAAGUGGAACUUUGUGCAAUGGCCGACUUUGUUGUAGCGGUGGGACCUAAACUGGCAGAAGCCUAUCGCUCAUACCUCCGAUCCCACGGCAAAGACCAACGCGUUUUUGAUCUCACCCCAGGCAUUUUCGAAGAGUUUUCUGGUGUGGAGCAAGCAUCUCAAGACGGAGACAAGUGCAGAGUUCUGGCGUUUGGCCGAGGUGAUGCAGAAGAUUUUAAACUGAAGGGUUAUGACAUUGCACCUAAAGCUGUAGGCCAGCUACAGGACGCAAUCCUCAUUUUUGUCGGCGCAGCCAACAAACAGCAAGAUGGGGUUGCAGAUAAUCUGCAGCAGUGCGGCAUCCCUCGGGAGCGACUGAGAGUGAGGACCUUUCUAGAAAGCCGGGAGAAAUUAGGAGAGCUUUUCCGUGAGGUAGAUGUAGCCAUCAUGCCAUCGAGAACGGAGGGUUUUGGACUGGUGGCCCUUGAAGCUCUAUCAGCAGGUCUGCCGAUUCUUGUAAGCGCAAACUCGGGAUUUGGAAAAGCCCUAGCGAAUGUUCCGUUUGCGUCUGGUUGCGUCAUUAAAUCGGACGAGCCAAAGGAAUGGGCUGAGGGAAUCAAGGGGGUCUGGGCAAAGAAUCGAAAACUUCGUCUAAAGGAGUCUGACGCUCUACGUACCGGCUAUAAGGAGGAAUACAGUUGGGAGAAACAGUGCAACAAUCUGGUCGACCUUGUUACGGCCAUAGUGGCAGAGGGGUAUGCAGAAACAUCCGGUCCAAAUACCACUCCCAAACGGAUUGCUGAUCCAGAAGCUGCAAGUGCAUCAGCAGAACACUUGGAGCCGGAGCCCAAGCGACCUAAAUCGACUGCUUCAACCGCAGGUGCGUCAGCCGAAUUGACUGCGGAGCCUAAAGGUAUCUUAUUAACCUCCUUAUUAUAUAGCUUAUUUUUUUGCAAUUAAUUGUUAUUCAAGGUAAAAUAAUGCCUUUUCGGUACUCAUAUCAGGCUUAUUUUAUAUUUUAUGUUAUAAGUUAUGGGCAUUUGCUUUGAGGGUGUCAUGAAAACAAAAUCUCUGGGGUGGUCCCGUUAACCACUGGCGAGACAGUAAUUUCUCUGAUUGAAAUUACUACUCCAUUUAAGAAAUAGAAAACAUGUAUCGUGUUUCUAUCGAGUUUUAGUAUAAAUCUG